UUUCAGCGCGUGAGGGACGCAGUGACACGGCACUAUUCACACGGUUGACUUGGAGCCAGAACUAGGCCGCUGCUGCCGGGAAAAGAGAAAAAAUACAACUUUUACAGCCAUUUCUCUCGUUUUGAGUCAAGAGUUUGUGUCUUGAACAAUCGCGUCCCUGAAAGCGCAACAGCAUGGACAGCCUGGAGAAGCAGCUCAUCUGUCCGAUCUGCCUGGAGAUGUUCACCAAGCCGGUGGUGAUCCUGCCCUGUCAACACAACCUCUGCCGGAAAUGUGCUAAUGACAUAUUCCAGGCCUCCAAUCCUUAUUUGCCAACACGUGGGGGUUCUACGGUGAGUUCUGGUGGGCGUUUCCGUUGCCCCUCCUGUAGACAUGAAGUUGUUCUAGAUCGCCACGGUGUUUAUGGACUGCAAAGGAACCUGCUGGUGGAAAACAUAAUUGACAUGUACAAACGGGAGACAAUCAGUACAAGCAAUAACGCAGAGUCACAACAGAAACCAGCUGUGAUGAUGUGCGAGGUGCACGAGGACGAAAAGAUUAAUAUCUAUUGCGUGUCCUGUUCUGUUCCCACCUGCUCCUUGUGCAAAGUGUUUGGUGCUCAUCAAGAAUGUGAAGUUGCACCACUUACUACUGUCUAUGAUACUCAGAAGACAGAGUUGUCAGAGGGUAUUGCUAUGCUAGUGGGAAACAAUGACAGAAUUCAGGCCAUCAUCAGCCUGCUGGAGGAGAGCUGCAGAACUGUGGAGGAGAAUGGGCGCAAGCAGAAAUCUCAUGUGUGUGAGACAUUUGAUCAUCUCUAUGCAUUGCUGGAGGAUAGGAAAGGAGAGCUGACACUGAAAAUCAAUGCAGAACAGCAAGAGAAAGUUGAUUACAUUAAAGGUCUACAGGACAGGUACACAGACCACCUGGACAAGAGUGCAAAGUUGGUGGAGACAGGAAUCCAAACCAUGGAGGAACCAGAGAUGGCAAUCUUCCUGCAGAAUGCAAAGCCUCUGCUACAUAAGAUAGCAGAGGGGAAAAACACAUCUUCCUUGGAGAAGCUGGAGCGUGGCUAUGAAAAAAUGGAUCAUUUUACUGUUAGUUUUGAGCCUGAGAGGAGGGCCAUCCUUAAAAUUGACUUUGUCGGAGAUGAUGAUGAUGAAGCUAGUGAUGAGGAGGAGGAUCAUGUUAAUGAAGUGGUUACUGAUGCACAUGUUGUUGAUCAUACUCAAAAGUCUGAAGGAUUGAAGACCUCCCCUGUCAAGCAAAGCCCUAUCCUGACUCCAGACUCCCAGUUGAUUGUGCAGAGCACACCUCUACUGACUACUGGUCCAAACCCUGCCCAGACAUUGGACAGAAACACACUAGCAGCACCAAACACUCCACCAGCACAAAACCCUUCACUAGCACAAAGCACACCACCAGCACAAAGCACACCACCAGCACAAAACAUACCACCAACCAUUUUCACUCCUGCCCAAACAACAACCACCAGCAUGUCACAGAAUACAUCUGCAGUCACACCAACUACAAGCACAGCUCCCAGCGCUCCAGAAAAUACAACCACAGAGGGGUCCACCAACCCCAGUGAAGGAAUUACCACUCAAAGCUCGGAUGGUCUUCCUCGGCAUGUUUUCUCCUUUUCCUGGCUCAAUACACCUAAGUAAAAUUUCUGUCCUAUAUAGGAAAGUUUGUCCCAAAUCAUGUUUGCUUAUUAAGAAUUUAGCAGAUUUUGUAAAGAAAUAUGUUAUCCGCACACAACAUGCGUAUAUGUGAAACAGAUAUUACAAUAAUUUAAAAUCAGAGUUUUGGAAUAGUUAGAAUAAUUCCAAAGUUGUAAAAUUCACACCUAUUAAAUAUGAUGACUGCUGAGGGGAAUAGGGGUGAGUGUGAAAUAAAAGAAUAUAAAUAUA